UUAAAAUUUAAAUAUGUAAAUAUUUAACUGCUUAAAUAUACUUAUUUAAUGUCUGAUAUCGUUCAUCACCAUGUUAGGUCUGCAGGCAGCUAAGAUAUCAGAUCCUGUGUUCCCAGGAUCUGACCAUGUUUCCCAAAGUGAGCACAUGCCCGUAGGCAUCAGUAACAAGUGUGGACCGAGCUGACUGCAGCCUAGAUGGACAGGGAAGACUUGUCCUCCAGCAGUGUUACAGGCCGAGCACCUGCUGGCACCCUGGUGUUGACGUUAGUGAUGUUGAAAUUCAGAUAAGGGAGAGAGCCCCUGGCAGGAUUCCACAGAGAGGCAGGACUUGAAGGAUAAGAAGGAUUAGAUGGUGCCGGGAAGGAGAGGAGCGGGGAAGCCAGGGUCAGAUGUGAGGAAAGGGGAAGGUGCCUGAAAGAGGUGUUUGGACUUAAUGCUGUAGCCUAGAAAUGUGGUCCGUGCCUUGGCUGUUCCACAGGUCCCUUAGAUUCUAUGGGAGCAAAGGAGAAGCCACUGUGUUUACCCCAGACUUGCUUUCUUCCCACCCUCCCUCCUCAUCUUGGUGCACACAUCACCAUGUGCCCAGUCUGCCAAACUGGAAAUGGCAUUGUCAUCCUCAGGCCCCCUCUUUGUGUCACCUGCUGUGAUCCAGUGGUCACUGAGUUGGGAGCCUGCCUCAUUUGUUUAAUCCUAUUCUACUAUUAAAUUUCCUGCCCCUUGUAAUCCCUCCUCUCCUGAGUCUUCAUUCCCGUUUCUGCCCAAACUGUUUCCAGAUCACAAAUAAGAUUCUGUGAGUCCUCUGCUCAGAAUCUCCUGGUGAUUUUACACCACCCACAGGACAAAGUCUAGACUUCCACCCUUCCUAACCUGGCCCCAGCCCAUUUUCCUGGCCAUCUUCUGGGUCUGAGCCACCAUCUAGAAGUGGUUUGAAUGGUGAAGUAUUUUAAUUUCCUGGAGCUAUCAGGAUAGACUAUUUAAAAGCAUGUGGGACAUAUGAUCCCAACAUAUUUUCCUUAUUAGCUAUUCAUGGGUACAGCACAGAAGAAGCAUUUAUGUUUAUAAUGAUCUCAUGUCACCAAGGAAAAGUUAAAAUUUGUUUAAUAACUCACUUGAAAAGGCAGCAGAAAAGUAGAUGUAACCUUUGGGAAGGAUUUUCACCAAGAAUGACAAAAUCUUUUAAAAAUCUAAUGCUUAAAGAGAUAAGCUUCAGUUAUCUGGAAUGUCUGCUUCUGGCACCCAGUAAAUGAAAUAUCAGGUGGGCAGCAGGACAUGUGGAGGUCCUGAUAGAUCCUAUCAUGAAGGGAGAGACAUAGAUAAGUGAGACUUGAAGAAUGAGUGGAAAGCAAUUGCAGAUGCACCUGAUGUAUUCACAUGGACUCCCAGAGAGGCAGCUGCACAGCCCCGUGGUGCUGGCCUCUGUUUGGCAGGGAGGCUGGGGUUGGGACCCAAGGCCUUUAGCAUCAAAUAUGCCUUUCCUUUGAUGGAAAUGGGUUUGAAUGAUAUUUCCUGGAAAUUGAGGCCAGUUCUUUGUUUUUCUUGGCUGAACACUUAGAAGGCAAGAGGCAAACCCAGACACAUUUUGGAGGAGUUGGUUGCGCAGCGUGUGCUUUAGAAGUGAUAGCAAUCCCCAUGGAGUGCAGUAAGAAGCAGCAGGAUAAAGCAGGCACGAAGGGCCUUCAGUACAUGGAUCAGCCUUGAGAUUGCCUUUCCUCAAAGAGAACAGAUCUCUGGGACAGGAGUUCUUGGGGCACGGAUGGCAGUGUUAAUGGGGAGGAAUCAUUGUUGUAGGCAACCUAUGAGGAGGAGGCAGCCUUCAGUGACCUUGGGCUUGUGUUCAGAAUGCCUCCAUUGGGUGCAUUCCUUAGCGACCCCUGCUGGUACAUUCUGCUCUGAAGAAUAAUGCAGAGAGACAGUGACCAUUUUACCAGGGAACUCAGUUCUACACUCACUUGCUGCAGCAGGUAUGGCUGGGAUUAGUGGCUGUGGUGGAGCUGUUCCAGCCAUGGGGGAUGAGGUCCCUCCCUCUGGUCUCCCAGUGGUGGGGUGGGGUGGAGGGUGGGAAUGGAGGCAGUGCUGCCCGACAGAGCAGGCUGCUGCUGGAAUCACCACAGUGUCCUGUGUCUCCUCCUAUUAAUCCUCAUGUGGAACAGCAGGUAGCCUGAGAAGCCUGAAUUGUGCCUUAAUUCCUGGCCGUGGUGCUGCAUAUAAAAACAGAUGAGCCUUCUUAGCCAAUGAGUUUGUGCAGUCAGUUCUUACUGAAGCCAAGCCUUGGUCCAAGGGAAAACAAAGCUACAGGAAACAUGGAACUUUCUUAUACCUUCUUGAAAAUGCAAGUCAUGUUGCCUAGGAAAUACUUCUCUCACCGAGUAUUCUGCACCCCGCCGACACUGGAGCUAUAUGGAAGAGGCAGCUGAAGCUAUUCCAAGAAAAUAUGUUAUCUAAACUUUCUUUGCCUACCCGUGCCUGGGAACCAGCAAUGAAGAAGAGUUUUGCUUUUGACAAUGUUGGCUAUGAAGGUGGUCUGGAUGGCCUGGGCCCUUCUUCUCAGGUGACGACCAGCACAAUCAGGAUCUUGGGCAUGACUUGCCAGUCAUGUGUGAAGUCCAUUGAGGACAGGAUUUCCAGUUUGAAAGGCAUUGUGAGUGUUAAGGUUUCUGUGGAGCAAGGCAGUGCCACUGUGAACUAUGUGCCAUCGGUUUUGAGCCCACAACAGGUUUGUCAUCAAAUUGGGGACAUGGGCUUCGAGGCCAGCAUUGCAGAAGGAAAGGCAGCCUCCUGGCCCUCAAGGUCCUUGCCUGCCCAGGAGGCUGUGGUCAAGCUCCGGGUAGAGGGCAUGACCUGCCAGUCCUGUGUCAGCUCCAUUGAAGGUAAGGUCCGGAAACUGCAAGGAGUAGUGAGAGUCAAAGUCUCACUCAGCAACCAAGAGGCUGUCAUCACCUAUCAGCCUUAUCUCAUUCAGCCUGAAGACCUCAGGGACCAUGUAAACGACAUGGGAUUUGAGGCUGCCAUCAAGAACAAAGUGGCUCCCUUAAGCCUGGGACCAAUUGAUAUUGAGCGGUUACAAAGCACUUACCCAAAGAGACUUUUCACUUCUGCUAACCAGAAUAUUAAUAAUUCUGAGACCUUGGGGAACCAAGGAAACCAUGUGGUCACCCUCCAACUGAGAAUAGAUGGAAUGCACUGUACAUCUUGCAUCUUGAGUAUUGAAGAAAAUAUUGGCCAGCUCCCAGGGAUUCAAAGUAUUCAAGUGUCCUUGGAGAACAAAACUGCCCAAGUACAGUAUGACCCUUCUUGUACCAGCCCGGUGUCUCUGCAGAGGGCUAUCGAAGCACUUCCACCUGGGAACUUUAAAGUUUCUCUUCCUGAUGGAGCAGAAGGGUGUGGGACAGAUCACGGGCCUUUUAGUUGUCAUUCCCCUGGCUUCUCCCAAAGAAACCAGGUGCAGGGCACGUGCAGUACCACUGUGAUUGCCAUUGCUGGCAUGACCUGUGCGUCCUGUGUCCAUUCCAUCGAAGGCAUGAUCUCCCAGCGGGAAGGGGUGCAGCAAAUAUCAGUCUCUUUGGCCGAAGGGACUGGAACAGUUCUUUAUAAUCCCUCCGUAAUUAGCCCAGAAGAACUCAGCUCUGCUAUAGAAGACAUGGGAUUUGAGGCUUCAGUCAUUUCUGAAAACUGUUCCACCAACUCUCUUGGAAACCACAGUGCUGGGAAUUCCAUGGUGCAAACUAUAGGUGGUGUACCUGUAUCUGUGCAGGAAGUGGCUCCCCAUGCUGGGGGGCUCCCUACCAUUCAUACCCCGGACAUCUUGGCAAAGUCCCCACAAUCAACCAGAGCAGUGGCACCACAGAAGUGCUUCUUACAGAUCAAAGGCAUGACCUGUGCAUCCUGCAUAUCUACCAUAGAAAGGAAUCUGCAGAAUAAAGCUGGUAUUCUCUCCGUGUUGGUUGCCUUGAUGGCAGGAAAGGCAGAGAUCAAGUAUGAUCCAGAGGUCGUCCAGCCACUCGAGAUAGCUCAGCUCAUCCAGGACCUGGGCUUUGAGGCUGCAGUCAUGGAGGACUACACAGGCUCCGAUGGCAGCAUUGAGCUGAUUAUCACAGGGAUGACCUGCGCGUCCUGUGUCCACAACAUAGAGUCCAAACUCAUGAGGACAAACGGCAUCACCUAUGCCUCCGUUGCCCUUGCCACCAGCAAAGCCCUUGUUAAGUUUGACCCAGAAAUUAUUGGUCCACGGGAUAUUAUCAAAAUUAUUGAGGAAAUUGGCUUUCAUGCUUCCCUGGCCCAGAGAAACCCCAACGCUCAUCACUUGGACCACAAGAUGGAAAUAAAGCAGUGGAAGAAGUCCUUCCUGUGCAGCCUGGUGUUUGGCAUCCCUGUCAUGGCUUUAAUGAUCUAUAUGCUCAUACCCAGCAGUGAGCCCCAUGAGUCUAUGGUCCUGGACCACAACAUCAUUCCAGGACUGUCCAUUCUAAAUCUCAUCUUCUUUAUCCUGUGUACCUUCGUCCAGCUCCUCGGUGGGUGGUACUUCUAUGUUCAGGCCUACAAAUCUCUGAGACACAGGUCAGCCAACAUGGACGUGCUCAUCGUCCUGGCCACAAGCAUUGCCUACGUCUAUUCUCUGGUCAUCCUGGUGGUUGCUGUGGCCGAGAAGGCGGAGAGGAGCCCUGUGACAUUCUUUGACACGCCCCCCAUGCUCUUCGUGUUCAUUGCCCUGGGGCGGUGGCUGGAACACUUGGCAAAGAGCAAAACCUCAGAAGCCCUUGCCAAACUCAUGUCUCUCCAAGCUGUAGAAGCCACUGUUGUGACCCUUGGUGAGGACAAUUUAAUCAUCAGGGAGGAGCAAGUCCCCAUGGAGCUGGUGCAGCGGGGCGAUAUCGUCAAGGUGGUCCCCGGGGGAAAGUUCCCAGUGGACGGGAAAGUCCUGGAAGGCAAUACCAUGGCUGAUGAAUCCCUCAUCACAGGUGAAGCCAUGCCAGUCACUAAGAAACCCGGAAGCACUGUAAUUGCAGGGUCUAUAAAUGCACAUGGUGCUGUGCUCAUUAAAGCCACCCACGUGGGCAAUGACACCACUUUGGCUCAGAUUGUGAAAUUGGUGGAAGAGGCCCAGAUGUCAAAGGCACCCAUUCAGCAACUGGCUGACCGGUUUAGUGGAUAUUUUGUCCCAUUUAUCAUCAUCAUGUCAACUUUGACGUUGGUGGUAUGGAUUGUAAUCGGUUUUAUCGAUUUUGAUGUUGUUCAGAAAUACUUUCCUAACCCCAACAAGCACAUCUCCCAGACGGAGGUGAUCAUCCGGUUUGCAUUCCAGACGUCCAUCACAGUGCUGUGCAUCGCCUGUCCCUGUUCCCUGGGGCUGGCCACGCCCACAGCUGUCAUGGUGGGCACUGGGGUGGCUGCACAGAAUGGCAUCCUCAUCAAGGGAGGCAAGCCCCUGGAGAUGGCGCACAAGAUAAAGACUGUGAUGUUUGACAAGACUGGCACCAUUACCCAUGGGGUCCCCAGGGUCAUGCGGGUGCUCCUGCUGGGGGACAUGGCCACACUGCCCCUCAGGAAGGUUCUGGCUGUGGUGGGGACUGCAGAGGCCAGCAGUGAACACCCCUUGGGCGUGGCAGUCACCAAAUACUGUAAAGAGGAACUUGGAACAGAGACCUUGGGAUACUGCACAGACUUCCAGGCAGUGCCAGGCUGUGGAAUCGGGUGCAAAGUCAGCAACGUGGAAGGCAUCCUGGCCCACGGUGGACACCCUCCGAGUGCCAGUCACCUGAAUGAGGCUGGCAGCCUUUCCGAAGGAAAAGGAUGCUGUCACAGGAGGUGCUUACUAGAUGCAGCCCCCCAGACCUUCUCUGUGCUGAUUGGAAACCGCGAAUGGCUGAGGCGCAACGGCUUAACCAUUUCCAACGAUGUCAGUGACGCUAUGACAGACCACGAGAUGAAAGGACAGACGGCCAUCCUGGUGGCUAUUGAUGGUGUGCUCUGUGGGAUGAUUGCUAUAGCAGAUGCUGUCAAGCAGGAGGCCGCCUUGGCUGUGCACACGCUGCAGAGCAUGGGUGUAGAUGUGGUUCUGAUCACGGGGGACAACCGGAAGACAGCCAGAGCCAUUGCCACCCAGGUUGGCAUCAACAAAGUCUUUGCAGAGGUGCUGCCUUCCCACAAGGUGGCCAAGGUCCAGGAGCUUCAGAACAAAGGGAAGAAAGUCGCCAUGGUGGGAGACGGGGUGAAUGACUCUCCGGCCUUGGCCCAGGCAGACAUGGGUGUCGCCAUCGGCACUGGCACAGAUGUGGCCAUUGAGGCAGCCGACGUCGUCCUCAUUAGAAAUGAUUUGCUGGAUGUGGUGGCUAGCAUUCACCUUUCCAAGAGGACUGUCCGGAGGAUACGCAUCAACCUGGUCCUGGCACUGAUUUAUAACCUGGUUGGGAUACCCAUUGCGGCAGGUGUCUUCAUGCCCAUCGGCAUUGUGCUGCAGCCCUGGAUGGGCUCGGCAGCCAUGGCAGCCUCCUCCGUGUCUGUGGUGCUCUCAUCCCUGCAGCUCAAGUGCUAUAAGAAGCCUGAACUGGAGAGGUACGAGGCACAGGUGCACGGCCGCAUAAAGCCCCUGACGGCAUCCCAGGUCAGUGUGCACAUCGGCAUGGAUGACAGGCGGAGGGACUCCCCCAGGGCCACGCCAUGGGACCAGGUCAGCUAUGUCAGCCAGGUGUCGCUGUCCUCCCUGACGUCUGACAAGCCAUCCCGGCACAGCGCUACAGUGGAUGAUGGUGGGGACAAGUGGUCUCUGCUCCUGAAUGACAGGGAUGAGGAGCAGUACAUCUGAUGGCUCCAGGCGGGCAGGGACUUGCCUCCACUCGCCACAAGCCAAGCAGGACAGCCAGCUGCAGGAUGAGCAGAGCUAGCUUCCAGCUUUGGGGACUUCCACUCCCUGGACAUGUCCGGUCACCCCGCCCUGCGAUGUGUGGCCUUGUCUGGGUGGAGCUGGCCUUGGCCUGGAGAGGAUGUUCCUGCCUGCUUCCUGGCCUCACUGGGCCAUCAGCAUGGGCUUUGUCUUGGACUCUAGUCCUUGCCUGUAGGACUGUAGAAGAUGAGAAGUGAGUCACCCUCCUCACAGACCUUUUCUGGAGUAUUUAGGAUGACUGCUGUGAAAUGGAGAACAGUUUCAUCAGGACCAAAAACCUCGCUGGGACUUUCCAGAGAACCAGACCUCACUGUCAGGCUCUUUCUGAUGACGCCUGCGUGCCUCAUGUUUCUGAGACCACAGUUUACCUCAAGUGUGUCUGUUGCUUUCUGCCUGCACAGUCUGUUCUUUUUCUGACCUGUGUGCUUUCACUGGGGACCCCGUGUGACCCUGCCUAUCACCUAGGAGGGUGUCCUUGUGGUCCCUGCUGCUGCUCUCAGGUGCUUCUCCAUGCUCUGGAGUGUGCAUUUCAAACUGAAUCUGCUUCCUGGCAUGCACAUCCCCAGCCAGGGAGCUUGGCACAUCCUCCUUCAAAUCGAGGAGAGUUCUUUCUUGCUUAAGGGCCCCUUCUCUGUAGAGUGGGGGCUUCUCAAUAGAGUGUUGUUGCUGACCAGCUGGAGUGAGGGUCUUAGAGCCUGACCUGAAUGUCCAGCCUCGGCUUCCUGUGGAGCCUAGGUGCUCACAAUUCAGGGCAUCCUUCUAUGUCCCUGCCCAGCCUGUGGUGCUCGAAACAGGUGCCCCAUGGGAGAUGUAUGUGUGCAGGAGCCUCCCUGCAUGGCCCCAGGAGCUUUGUUUUCACGGGCUUCUGUGCGACUGUCACCUUGUGGGGUCCAGUAGAGCAUUCAUGUCACUAGUGUCUGGCGUUGUGUGGCUUGGAGGAAACAGUGCUGCCCAAAUAGGAGGAAAGCACAGCCUCCCUGAGCCUGCCUUCUGCACGCUGCCCAGGGGCCUCAGGAAAGGAGUGGCCACAGCUCUACUGUUUACCUGACAAUGGCUCUCAGAGCAGCAGAAGAGGUCCAGUUAUUGACUCUGAAGUUGGUGGCGAUUGACAGAACCCCUUGGAGUUGGAUUAAAUUCUGGGUGAAACUCUUGUCUCCCACACAAAAUAGUCAUAGUUAUCUUUUUGAGUGUCCAUUACUUGCCAGAGGAAGUGUUAGCAGCACUUUUGAUAGAUUACCUCUAAUUUUCCAGCAAACCAGCAAGGUACCUAUGACUGUCCACAUUUUACAGGCAAGGAAACAGGCUCUGAGAAGCUGAGGACCUCGCCCAGGAUGACAUAGCCAGUGGACGAGCCGUGUCUGUCGGCUCUGAAGGCUUUAGUCUCAUUGUCCUUUUGCCUUGAAUAGAAAUUUGCCUCAUAAGAAUAAAAAGGAAAAAGGUCUUUGCCUCCUGGAAGAACGAAUCUACCAGGUGAUCUAGUAAUUAUUUCAACUCAGAAUGCAGUUGAUUCAGGAGGUCCUCUGACCUUCACCUUGGAUGGUUAGUUUCACCUUUUACAUGUAGUUUUUGUGGGGUUUUAUUUUAUGAAAUCAAAGCGCACCGUUCAUUGUGUUUUCAUUGUUUUCAGCCCCCCCUCCAGCCCCAGCGGAUUCCUGCUCUCCCCCGGUAAUUGCAUCCUCUCUUUAUGCUUGCUUGGGGAAUGUCGUUUCCUGACCAGGCUGAUCAUUAUCUAAAGAAUCUAAUUCUGUUGAUUUUUAAAACUAUUAGAACCAUAACAUUGUGUUCAUCUAUGGACCUGGAAAUAUUUAUAUAAUUUUUAUAGAAAAUAACCUUUUAGAUGGUCAAAGUAUAAGGAAUUUUUUUGUCAGAUAACCAUUUCUACUUCAAAAACAUUCCAUGCAAUAUUAGAAUAAAGUUCCUGUCAUUCCUCUAAAAA